ACUCUGCUCCGGUUGGCGGGAAGAUCCCAGGUAGGUAGCGUGGACACCCUGCUGCCAACUCCAGAGCUGCGACCAGGACGUGUGACGUCUCAAAUAUUUGUUGAUGGGUUUGGGGAUUUAUUAAUUAUUCAUUAGGUGCUUGAAAAGGCUGCGGCGAUUCGGGGCUGAGAGGCCUGGUCGAUUGUGUCUUAGCUAGAGAUAUGUGUCACUGUCCGCUCGACGGGCGGCUCCGCAUAAAUUAUUCCAAUAAGGACGGGGCGUGGUCAUGCAUAGAUUAGUCAAAUAAGCCAAGAGGGAGGGCAGCCGGCUGCGAAUUAGCCUAAGUUAUUAAAGAUGGCGGCGGAGCGGAGUCGCUCCCCGAUGGACUCCCCGGUGCCGGCCUCUAUGUUCGCCCCCGAGCCCAGCUCCCCCGGGGCGGCCAGGGCCGCGGCGGCCGCCGCCCGACUCCACGAUGGCUUCGACUCGGACUGCAGCGAGGACGGCGAGGCGCUCAACGGCGAGCCGGAGCUGGACCUCACCAGCAAGCUGGUUCUAGUGAGCCCUACAUCAGAGCAGUAUGACAGCCUACUUCGGCAGAUGUGGGAGAGGAUGGACGAGGGAUGCGGAGAGACCAUAUAUGUCAUUGGGCAGGGAUCAGAUGGGACUGAGUACGGGCUGAGUGAAGCUGACAUGGAGGCCUCCUAUGCCACAGUGAAGAGCAUGGCUGAACAGAUAGAGGCUGACGUCAUCCUCCUGAGGGAGCGCCAAGAAGCCGGUGGCCGUGUGCGUGAUUACCUGGUCCGGAAACGAGUAGGAGACAAUGACUUCCUGGAGGUCAGGGUAGCGGUUGUGGGCAAUGUGGAUGCCGGCAAAAGCACGCUUCUGGGAGUCUUGACACAUGGGGAGCUGGACAAUGGCCGUGGCUUUGCCCGCCAGAAGCUGUUCCGCCAUAAACAUGAGAUUGAAUCUGGUCGUACCAGCAGCGUGGGCAAUGACAUUCUGGGCUUCGACAGUGAAGGCAAUGUGGUAAACAAGCCUGACAGCCAUGGUGGCAGCCUGGAGUGGACGAAGAUCUGUGAGAAGUCCACCAAGGUGAUUACUUUCAUUGACCUGGCUGGCCAUGAGAAGUACCUGAAGACCACUGUCUUUGGCAUGACCGGCCACCUACCUGACUUCUGCAUGCUGAUGGUGGGCAGCAAUGCUGGUAUCGUGGGGAUGACCAAGGAGCACCUGGGGUUGGCAUUGGCACUCAAUGUACCCGUCUUUGUGGUGGUCACCAAGAUUGACAUGUGUCCCGCCAACAUCCUGCAAGAAACUCUGAAGCUGUUACAGCGCCUGCUGAAGUCUCCAGGCUGCCGAAAAAUCCCUGUCCUGGUGCAGAACAAAGAUGAUGUGAUUGUUACAGCCUCCAACUUCAGCUCUGAGAGGAUGUGCCCAAUAUUCCAGAUCUCUAACGUUACAGGCGAGAACCUAGAUCUGCUGAAGAUGUUCCUCAACCUCCUGUCACCCCGCACCAGCUACAGGGAGGAAGAGCCUGCUGAGUUCCAGAUCGACGACACCUACUCUGUCCCAGGUGUGGGGACAGUGGUGUCAGGGACGACACUGCGGGGCCUGAUCAAGCUGAAUGACACGCUGCUGCUGGGCCCGGACCCCUUGGGGAACUUCCUGUCCAUCGCUGUCAAGUCCAUUCAUCGCAAGCGCAUGCCCGUCAAGGAGGUGCGUGGGGGCCAGACGGCCUCCUUCGCACUGAAGAAGAUCAAGCGCUCAUCCAUCCGGAAGGGCAUGGUGAUGGUUUCCCCUCGUUUGAAUCCCCAAGCAUCCUGGGAAUUUGAGGCCGAGAUUCUUGUCCUCCACCACCCUACCACGAUUAGCCCACGCUACCAGGCCAUGGUGCACUGUGGGAGUAUCAGGCAGACGGCCACCAUUCUGAGCAUGGACAAGGACUGUCUGCGUACUGGGGACAAGGCCACUGUCCACUUCCGCUUCAUCAAGACCCCAGAGUACCUACACAUAGACCAGCGGCUGGUGUUCCGAGAAGGCCGCACCAAGGCUGUUGGCACCAUCACCAAGCUGCUCCAGACCACUAACAACUCCCCGAUGAACUCCAAGCCCCAGCAGAUUAAAAUGCAGUCAACGAAAAAGGGCCCACUAUCCAAACGGGAAGAAGCAGGGCCAUCCGGUGGGCCAGUGGCAGCAGGGGCAGCCCCUCCUGGGGAUGAAGCCUCAUCUCUAGGUGCCGGGCAGCCAAGUGUGUCCAGUGGUCUGCAGCCCCAGCCCAAGCCCAGCAGUGGGGGCCGACGACGAGGGGGCCAGCGCCACAAGGUGAAGUCCCAGGGGGCCUGUGUGACUCCCGCCAGCGGCUGCUGAAGCUUCCCCAGCCCAGCCUGCCACCCAGGGAUCCUCACUCUGGCCACCACUCACCAGCUGGGCAGAGCAGUGCUGCCCGCACCUGCCCACUCCCAGGCCACAGCAGAGCCUCUCUGUUGCUCCACCCCCGUUUUGCAGGGGGGCUGUAAUUUAUAAAUGAGGAAGGUGGCCAGACUUCGCGAGGACUGACUGUCUCCUGCCCUCUCCCGCCUCCUUCCUCACUCACACAUCUUUUGUACAUCUGGGCCCUUAGUUUUUAUUCUUUUUAUUAUAUACCUCUGUCUCUCUGUUCAGCGUGCUGUGUGUGUGAGGCCUAGGAGUGUGGCGGCGGCCAGGGCCCUGUCCUUCCCUCCUCCAUGGCUGGCCUUCCCAUCCGUCCAUCUGCCCGUCCAUGUGUCUGUCUUGAUGACACCCUCAGAGGCUGUAGGGGACAUCAGGAGCUGAAGGCCACCUCCCUUCUCACUGCUUCUCCCACCGCUGCAGGGCCCUCUGCCUUGGCUUCUCCGGCGUCUGGGAUCCGUCUGGAUGGGCGGGGAACCCAAGGGAACGAGUCUAGGACUUGGGAGGUUAACAGGGAGGAGACAGUGGCUUCCCCUUGUCUCUCGCCUCUUCCCCUAAACCCUCAAACGGGUGAUGCCAAAAGCUCCUCAGUAGUAUCUGUGAGUGAGGGAGUCGUGCCUGCGCUGUAGGACUCAUCCCACCCCGGUGCGGCCCUGUGCCCCGAGCCAGGGCACCUGCUGGGCCUCCCCUGGAGACAAUCCUGUGUUUGCCUGGGCUGGCCCUGGCUAUUGCCUUUGCUGCCCAUCUGCCCAGCUCGAGGCCAGUUGCUUGCCACCCCUUCCACCUCCUCCUGCUAGGACGUUGGCCUUUUCUUGGGCCUCAGGGCACUGGAUUACUAGACUGGAUCUGGGCUGCUCGCAACUGGGUGUCCUAGCACCUCCAGUUGGUAGGGAGGGGUCCUUCUUGGGGCCCCCUCCGUGCCCACCUCAGCCCAGCCCAGCCGCUGCAGGAGCACAGCAGUCCAGGCCCCGGCCUGGUCUGGAGCCUGACUGGGAUGGGGGUGGCAGGAUGCGGGCGGCGAGGCCCGACACGGAGCACUUAGCACUGAGGAGCACCGCACCUGGGGCGGGGUAGGGUGGGCUGUGCGGGCCAGAGUGGCAGCGGCCUCGGCUGUCCUGGACCGGGCUCUGCCCCGCAGCCCUCCCUUUAGGGUGACUGGUGGGCAUGAUUUCCUUCUCUAGCCAGGGCAGACACCCAGCUGGCUGGGUCCUUCUUCAGCCUCGCCUCCUUCCCGUCCCCGCCCCCUUCCUGUCCUCUGCUCCCGACUGCUGGUCCCCUCUCCCCUCCUUUCAACUGUUUCUAGUUACCACUGCCGCACGGCCAUGGACUGACCAGACCAGCACUCACAAUAAAAGUUUGUUCCAAGCUGA